CCACACCAAAGUUAAAUGCAAACCAACGAACAUACCUGCAUAUUACAAUACCCAAAGGCGCAAAAGUUUGCCAAAACCACAAUUUCCAGCCUUUUCCAUUUCCAAUGGCGAUUGCUUCACCAUCUCUUCGCCCUCUUCACAAAUCUCUCUUCCCGAAAUACCCUUGCCUUUCUCAGUGUUCACGCUUUCGUCCUUCCCUCCAUUUCUCUUCUCAACCGUUCCGCUUCACUGUUCGUGCGAGCUCCGCUGUCGCUUUGGAGCCGGAUUUAAGUUCUCAGCGGAAUCAAACAGUGGACACUGACUUGUUUUCUUGCCCUGUGUGCUACGAGCCACUGAUAAGAAAAGGUCCUUCAGGUCUUAACUUGGAAGCUAUCUACCGGUCUGGAUUCAAGUGUAAAAAAUGCAACAAAUCAUACUCGAGUAAAGAUGUAUACUUGGAUCUGACUAUUACUGCUGGAUUGAGGGACUACACCGAAGUCAAACCAGUUGGGACCGAGCUAUUCCGGAGUCCUUUUGUAUCAUUUGUCUAUGAAAGAGGCUGGCGUCAAAAUUUUAAUCGAAGCGGCUUUCCUGGGCCUGAUGAAGAGUUCAGAAUGGCUCAGGAAUACUUCAAACCUGCAGAAGGUGGCAUUUUGGUGGAUGUUAGCUGUGGAAGUGGUUUGUUUUCCAGAAAAUUUGCCAAAUCUGGGACAUAUUCUGGUGUUAUUGCACUUGAUUUUUCUGAAAACAUGCUGCGGCAAUGUAAUGAUUUCAUUGAGCAAGAUGCAUCUCUUUUAGCUAGCAAUAUUGCUCUUGUCAGGGCUGAUGUUUCCAGGCUUCCUUUCUCAUCGGGUUCCAUUGAUGCUGUACAUGCUGGUGCUGCCUUGCAUUGUUGGCCAUCUACUUCAAAUGCAGUUGCUGAAAUUAGCCGUAUAUUGAGAAGUGGUGGAGUUUUUGUUGGAAGCACUUUUCUUCGCUAUAGCUCUACUACUCCCUGGAUAGUACGACCUUUCAGAGAGAGGAUUCUGCAAAAUUAUAACUACCUUACAGAGGAGGAGAUAGAGGACGUAUGCACAUCUUGUGGUCUUACCAACUUUACAAAAAAGGUUCAGCAAUCUUUCAUCAUGUUUUCUGCUCAGAAGCCUUGAAGCUGGGUUUGGAUCAUUCGAAGUAUGAUUUUUCUUUCCUUGCAUAUCAUCUAUGAUGAUCCUUGAAAUUUGUUGUAUAAAUUAUUGAUUAUGUAGACACCAGGAAUAAAAGACCUGGAAAAAGAUGAUAAUCUGGGGAAGAGGCAAUAUUUGGUGUAUGCUUAUUAAUGCAAGUAUUGCCUGCUUGCGAAUUGAUGAUUGUGUAAAUACUAUUAAACUCAUUAUUAAUGCAAGGCAUUAUAUGGUCUAAUUAGCUGUCCAA